AUGAGUGGUUUUGUUCCUUUUGUUCGUUUUGAGAGUGUAAAUGGAGUAAAUAAUUCUCAAAACCCACAACAACAUUACGAAUUCUCUUGUGAUUAUAAUGUGGGCUCUACAUCGAAUGCUUCUAAUUCCUUGGCGGUAUUUCGACAACAUGUAGAGGAAAGUCAUCAUGAUUUAGUCAACUUAUUGACUCAACAAAUGACUACAAUUCUAAAUCCUAUGAUGGCUGAUCACAAAUUGAAAUUUGAAUGUCUUACAAGGCAAGUUGAAUGGAUUGCUCGAAUCGUUGAUUAUGAUGAAGGUGAAAGGCAUGAUGUCAGGGGAAACAAUGAGAGAUUCAAAAAUCUAUUUCAAAAUGAAAACAAUGUUUUAAACAGAGAGAAUCCUCAAAUAAUUCUCUAUGGUCAAAAUGCAGAUGAUGUUCUAGCCCGAUUACGUGCUAAUUAUGGUGGUGAACGUUAUCAAGUCAUAAGAAUUGUGAAAGAGGUACUCAAUCGAGUUGGUUUGAAUGUUGGUUUUAUUAACCGACCCCAUUUUGUGUCUGCUUUCUCUCAAGUUGUUCAAAUGGCUGAAGUGCCAAGAGGGCUGAAAAAUCCAAAAAUAAUUACAAAAUUUGCAGGGAAAGUUAGAGAGUCGACUACUGAACACGUCACUCGAUAUUUGGUCGAGAUUGGGAAUUUAACCAAUGAUGAGAAUUUGAAAAUGAUGUUUUUUCCUUCUUCGUUAACGAAGAAUGCGUUUACUUGGUUUUCGAAUCUUAGACCAAAUUUGAUAACAACGUGGAAUCAGUUGAAAACUGCUUUUCAUGCUCAAUUUUACCGAGGUGAGUUGAAUGUAGCAAUUACUGAUCUAGUUGCUUUGAAACGAGAGGAUGGUGAAACCAUUGUUGAUUAUAUGAUACAUUUAAAACAUGCUAGAAGUAGAUGUUAUGUGUCAUUACCUGAGAAUGAAGUAGUGAAAAUAGCAGUUAUGGGGUAA